AUGACUAGCAAAUUCAUGGAAGAUAAGGACAGAGUGCUGGGUCGGGUGGACGAUAGUCCAGUCAGCAGUGGGCAGAGGCAGUCGGGCACCCCCCGACUCCCCCAUCCUUCCCCAGCAGGCUGGGCCCCUGUGCGGCUGGCAGGCAGCCACGCGAGCUGCGCAGGCCGUGUGGAACUUUUCUACCAGGGAGUCUGGGGAACCGUGUGCGAUGACCUCUGGGACCUUCCACAAGCAAACAUCGUCUGCAGGCAGCUGGGAUGUGGCUGGGCCAUCUCAGCUCCGGGUGAGGCCCACUUUGGGGAAGGUUCUGGGAAGAUUCUCCUUGACAACGUGCACUGCAGGGGAGAUGAAAAGCACCUUGAAGAGUGCUCCCAUGUUGGCUGGUUGUCCCACAACUGUGGUCACGAGGAAGAUGCUGGCGUGAUCUGUUCAGGUCGCCCAUUGGCUGCCCUGGCAGGGACGGUGGCUGCAGAAAAAUCUCAGUGCGGCAGCAUCAUUACUAACUCAUCUGGAGCGAUUAGGAAUCCCCCACGAAAUGAAAUGCACGACAACAUAACCUGUGUGUGGGAAAUCAAGGCGAACGCGUCCGAUCACAUACUGCUGGCUUUUCCGUACCUUAACCUCGACUGCACCAAUGAAUAUUUUGAAAUCCUGGAUGGCCCUCCGUCCUCAGCAAAGUCCCUGGGGAAGACCUGCUCUGGUUCCUACCUCGUCUAUGCAUCCUCCUCCAGCUCAAUGACCCUGGUGUACUUCCGAAGCUUCAACAACAUAGGAAAAAACUUCGUUGCUUAUUAUUAUUCUGCAACCAAAGAGGCAGUGUCGCGGACUCCACAUCUCAUCACCAUCCCGACAGCAACACCCAAGAUAGUAACAGCAAGACCCGGGGGCUGGCCAGAGCUGCGGCUGGUGGGCAGCUCAGGUCGGUGCUCAGGACGUGUGGAGGUCCUGCACAAGGGGGCCUGGGGCACCGUGUGCGAUGACCUGUGGGACCUGAAUGAAGCUGAGGUCGUGUGCAGACAGCUGGGGUGCGGUCGGGCCAUGUCUGCUCUUGGAAAGGCCCACUUUGGAUCAGGCUCUGGAGACAUCUUCCUGGACAACCUCCAGUGCUCUGGGGUGGAACGCUUCCUGGGCCAGUGCGCCCACUCGGGCUGGUCAGAGCACAACUGCGGCCAUCAUGAGGAUGCUGGGGUCAUCUGCUCAGAUGCCGAAGAGUCGCUUGUUAACAGACCAGGGGACUGGCCAGAGCUGCGACUGGUGGGUGGCUCAGGUCGGUGCUCCGGACGCGUGGAGGUCCUCUACCAGGGAGCCUGGGGCACCGUGUGCGAUGACCUGUGGGACCUGAAUGAAGCCGAGGUCGUGUGCCGACAGCUUGGGUGUGGACAGGCUGUUUCCAGCCCCAGUGGGGCCCACUUUGGCCCAGGCUCUGGAGACAUCUUCCUGGACAACCUCCAGUGCUCUGGGGUGGAACGCUAUCUGGGCCAGUGUGCCCACUCGGGCUGGUCGGAGCACAACUGUGGCCACCAUGAGGAUGCUGGGGUCAUCUGCUCAGAUGCCGAAGACCUGCCUCUGUCCACGCUUCCGGAUCACUCAACAAAUUCUCAGGACCAUGUAACAGGAGGAAGUAACUCUUGUGGAGGGGUCAUCUCUAGUCUCUCUGGCUCAUUCUCUAGUCCACAGUAUCCAGAAAACUACCCAACAGACAUCCAAUGUGUUUGGGAGAUCCAUGUGGGCAACAAAUUCCACAUAGAACUCAUGAUUCCAAGUUUGAAACUGGAAGAUAUCCUUGGAUGUCCUUAUGACUCAGUUGAAAUCUUCGAUGGCCCUAGGAUUGCCUCACUGUCCAUGGGGAAGUUCUGCGCCCCAGUAGCUGUGAUGUUUUUCUCCUCCUCAGACAUCAUGACAGUGGUAUUCCGAAGUGAUUCUGUGAUAACCAACACUGGCUUUCAUGCUGUGUUCAAUGCUAUCCCACAGAGUGAAAGGGAGUCAGAAAAUGGACCAGUGCUGCGGCUGGUGGGUGGCUCCGGACGGUGCUCGGGACGCGUGGAGGUCCUCUACCAGGGAGCCUGGGGCACCGUGUGUGAUGACCUGUGGGACCUGAAUGAAGCUGAGGUUGUGUGCAGGCAGCUGGGGUGUGGACAGGCCAUUGCUGCUCCUGGAAAGGCCUACUUUGGCCCAGGCUCUGGAGACAUCCUCCUGGACAAUGUUCAGUGUUUGGGAAGCGAGAAUCACCUUGGCUUGUGCCCCAGCUCUAGAUGGUCAGAUCACAAUUGUGGCCACCAUGAGGAUGCUGGUGUCAUCUGCUCAGGAGGAAGUAAUUCCUGCGGGGGAGUAAUUUCAAGUCUCUCAGGCUCCUUCUCGAGCCCUUGGUAUCCUGCUAACUACCCCACCAGUGUGGAGUGCGUCUGGGUGAUACACGUGGCUGAACGGUUCCACAUAGAACUGAUGGUCCCAAGCCUGAAGUUAGAGGACGUCCACGGGUGCCCGUAUGACUUCAUGGAAGUGUUCGAUGGACGGCAAGCUGCCUCACUCUCCAUGGGCAGGUUCUGUGCUGGGCAGGAGCUCACGUUCCUCUCCUCUUCCAAUGUCAUGACUGCAGUGUUCCGAAGUGACGCCAUGAUCACCAACACAGGGUUUUAUGCUCUGUACAAUGCCAUCCAGCAAGAUGAAAGGGAGCAUGAUAUGUCCCUGCGACUGGUGAAUGGCAGCCACAGGUGUGAAGGCCGGGUAGAGGUGUCCUACAAUGGCACCUGGGGCACAGUGUGCGACGACAGCUGGGAUUUGACAGAUGCCAGGGUGGUGUGCCAGCAGCUCGGCUGUGGUGAGGCCCUGUCGGCCCCAGCCCAGAGCUACUUUGAUGGAGGCACUGGCCACAUCCUUCUGGAUGAUGUGCAGUGCAGGGGGAGUGAAGCCAAGGUGUGGCAGUGCAUGCACAAUGGUUGGUUCUCCCACAACUGCGGCCACCAUGAGGACGCCAGCGCCAUCUGCUCCGACUCCACUGGCAGCAGCCCCCCUGCAGAUGAAAAUUUCCAUUGUGGUGGUUUGCUCACAAAUCAUUCAGGCUCCUUCUCCAGUCCUUUUUAUCCUAAAAAGUACCCCACAAAUGUGGUAUGUGCAUGGGACAUACAAGUGGAUACCAGGGCUCAUGUCAAACUUAAGUUUGCAGUGGUAAGAAUGGAAAACUUCUAUGGCUGUCCGUACGACUUCAUUGAGAUCUUUGAUGGCCCACAAAGUGAAUCUUCUUCACUGGGAAGGUUCUGUUCCCAGACAACCCCAAUAUUCACCUCCUCCUCCAACCGCUUGACAGUGGUGUUCCACAGCGAUGCUAUCAUCACCAACAUCGGCUUCUACGCAUCCUACGAGUCUCUCGUACAGGAUGAGGAUGAUACUGAUGUGGCCCUCCGGCUGACCGGCGGCAGCCACCGGUGCGAGGGCCGCGUGGAGCUACUUUACAACAGCAGCUGGGGCACCGUGUGCGACGACGGCUGGGACCUGCGCGAUGCCCAGGUGGUGUGCAGGCAGCUAGGCUGUGGUGCGGCCAUCGCGGCCCUCGGGCAGGCACAUUUCGGGCGAGGCCUGGGCCCCCUUGCUCUGGAUGAUGUGGAGUGUGUGGGGACCGAAGCCAGGUUGUGGCAGUGCCUGCACAGUGGCUGGCUCGUGCACAACUGCGGCCACCACGAGGACGCCAGCGCCGUCUGCUCAGCCUCUCUGCCCCAGCCAGCACCAUCCACUGCCGUGAGUUACCCAACCUCAGGUCUGGGCCUGCGGCUGGUGAAUGGGUCAAGCAGGUGUGAGGGGCGAGUUGAGAUCUACCAUGCCAACACCUGGGGCACCGUGUGUGAUGACAGCUGGUCCAUAGAGGACGCUCAUGUGGUCUGCAGACAGCUUGGCUGUGGCCUGGCCGUGUUGUCCCUCCCAGAGGCAAGCUUCAGCCCAGGCUCAGGCAGCAUCCUCCUCGAUGAUGUCAACUGCACGGGAAGGGAAGCAUCCCUGGUGCAGUGUCCCCACAGUGGCUGGUUCACCCACAACUGCGGGCACCAUGAAGAUGCUGGCGUCAUCUGCUCAGAUCUGCGGGUGGUGAGACUGGCCGAUGGGAGGAGCAGGUGUGAGGGCUGCGUGGAGAUCCUCCACAACGGCACCUUUUAUUUGGGAGGACACAGAAGCGGCCCCUCUACCUGGGAACACCUGCUCGUGGCACUGGUCUCCAUCAGAGCAAGGAAGGCCCCAGCGGCGUCCGCGACAGAACUGGACCGUGACUCUCCGCCCCGGCCCGCCCCUGUCGCCCCCGCAGCCCCGGCCCUGCGCCUGGCGGGCGGGCCGAGCCGCUGCGCAGGCCGGGUGGAGGUGCGGCACCGGGGCGUGUGGGGCACGGUGUGCGACGACCGCUGGGACAUCAAGGACGCCCGCGUCGUGUGCCGCCUGCUGGGCUGCGGCUGCGCGCUGAGCGCCCCCGGCCACGGCCGCUUCGGCCCCGGCGCGGGUCCCAUCCUGCUGGACGACGUGCGCUGCACGGGGACCGAGGACGCGCUGGAGCGCUGCGCCCACCCCGGCUGGGCGCGACACGACUGCCGCCACCGCGAGGACGCGGGCGUGGUCUGCGCAGGUCCAGCUGAUUCUGUUGUACCCAAGGACAAUGUCCAGCUCUCCUGCUUACCUCACCUCUUCCAAGCCGUCAUUGACCGAGGCUAUCUCCGGAGACUGGGCUACUCCUCCUGGGACGUCCACUUAAAUGAUGAGCUGUGUCGCCCCCAAGUCACGGGGCGCUACCUGAUCUUCAAUAUUCCCUAUGGCCGCUGUGGCACCAUCCAGCAGAAAUACCUCGGCUCCCUCAGCUAUUCCAACUCCAUCAGAGACCGAAUACGGGGCCACCCUGGCCAACUGAUUGUGCGGCACAAAGUGCCGCAGCUGAAGUUCACCUGCAGGGUGGAUGGCCCAUCUGCAAUUGAGAUCGUUCAUGGAGCUGACGCCCCAACGGAGGGUGCCGGCUACGAUGUGUCCAUAUCAUUCCUCCAGUCACCUGCAUCCCAGCCUGUGGGGGGUAUGGUGCCACACUACACCAGCCAGAGGAAAGAGGUAUUCCUCCAAGCUACCCUCCAUAGCCCUGAUCCCAACCUGAGGCUCUUCGUGGAUACCUGUGUGGUUUCUCCAGAUCCCCGUGAUUUUACAACCACCAAGCAUGACUUGAUCCAGCAGGGGUGCAUCAAAGACAAUACCUAUGCCAACCUCCACUCCCGCCAGAAGAAUGUGGCCCAGUUCAAGUUCAAUGCUUUCAGCUUUCUUGAAAGCUACGAUGUGGUCUAUCUGCAGUGUAAGAUUGUUGUGUGCAAAGUGGGAGACUACUCCUCUGGCUGCUCCCAGGGCUGUGCAGGGCGGAGUAGGAGAUCUGCAGGCCCUGCAGAGGCCGAGGAAGGGCAGACUGACCAUUUCCAAAUGGCGGGGCCACUGGAGAUCAACAAAGUAACUGGUCAGAGCAAAACCCUUAUGUGA